GGAGCUCGCUCAUCCAUCCUCCCAGGGAAUGACCCACCCGGAAUUGAAAAUAUGGGAUGUUGAUCAAAACACAAAGCUCUCUUUUAUCCUUGUUUCAACUUGCUUCACUUUCGGGUUCAACAGCUAAGGGAUCUUUGCUCUCGCUGUCCAGGCUUACUCAAUCCUGGUUUGCUCUACCUCUAAAGGAAUGUCUGAUCAAACAGAUUUACAGGACGCCAAUUGUCUUUAGUACACAGCAAUAUACAUCUCAGGCAUCUUCAUCAUGAAUUGCUGGACAACUCGCUUUCAUCUACGGCGGCAUAUACAAUUAUGUUGUAGCCUUGGAAGACAUGUCCCUUUUACACAACACAUUGUCAAAACAUCACACCUCUCGAUAUCCAGAAGAUGUGGGUAUGCAGCGGCGAAUGGCUUUCUGUCAGCCUACGGGAACAUAGCAUUAAAAAAGCAGACUCCCCAUUCCCAUUGCUCAUCUCCUCCAUUAAGCCGCCACCAAAGUACGAGUCAGCCAUCAAUCAGUUAUUAUCAACCACCACAAAGUGGUGUCGUUGCUCUUCUUCCUCGGUCCUGGAUACCAUAUGCUGAACUAUUACGACUUGAUAAGCCGACAGGCACAUACUACCUUUUUUUCCCCUGCUUGUAUUCAACCCUUCUUGCGGCAACCAUGACACCUUCGGUCUCAGUCAUGCAAGUUACUGGCACAGCGGGGCUUUUCUUCGCCGGCGCCCUGGUUAUGCGAGGUGCCGGAUGCGCAAUCAACGAUUUAUGGGAUAGGAACCUAGAUCCGCGUGUCGAACGCACGAAAUAUCGCCCGAUUGCAAGGGGGGCAAUACCUCCCGGCAAGGCAAUAGUUUUUACCGGCGCUCAGUUACUUGCGGGACUGGGCAUUCUUCUUCAAUUUCCACCUCAAUGCCUUUGGUACGGCAUACCUAGCCUGCUUCUGGUGACGACUUAUCCCCUCGCUAAGCGUGUCACAUAUUAUCCUCAGGCUGUGCUAGGCCUUACCUUCUCAUGGGGGGCGAUUAUGGGCUUUCCGGCUCUGGGUGCCGAUCUCCUCGAUAACAACGCCGCCUUGGGUGCUGCCGCUGCGCUGUAUUCCAGUUGCGUUGCCUGGACCAUAUUGUACGAUAUGAUAUACGCACAUAUGGAUAUAAAAGACGACAUUGCAGCUGGCAUCAAGUCGAUUGCUCUUCGUCAUGAAAACAAUACGAAGGUUGUUCUCUCUGCUCUAGCAACUCUUCAGGUGGGGCUGCUUGCUGCUGCUGGUGUAGCGGCAGGGAGUGGCCCUAUCUUCUUUUUCGGCAGCUGCGGCAGUGCAAUCGUUUCUCUUGGUCUCAUGAUACGGAAGGUUCAGCUUCAAGAUGCUCGAAAUUGUUGGUGGUGGUUCAAAAACGGUUGCCUGUUUACUGGGGGGGGUAUCGCAACUGGGAUGUUCCUUGACUAUGUCGCAAAAUACACCUUUCUAAGUAGGAGACUGCCAGGAUUCUAA